UCUUGCUACCUUCGCUCUUAAGCAACACAACCCUUUAUAACACCUUACCUCUCCAAACAACUCGAUCGAUACAUGUAAAUUUUCCUAACCUCUCGCUCAAAAAGAAUUACUUUUCCAAAGAUUUUACAUUUCGCAUCGGAAGAUGAUGGCCGUUGAGCCGAAAGCCCUUCCCUCCGCCCACCAGUUCACCGUCGUCAUCGACGGCGUCGAGACGGCCAUCCACGAGGGUGUGCUCCGGUGCAACGGCGGCACACUGACCGUGCUCAGCCCGGGCGUCCUCGAGGCCAGCCGGUUCCAGCACAUCGUCGUGAGCGGCGACGGCGGGGGCGACGUCCGCUUCACCCGGUGCGGGUACGCGGCCGCCGAGGACUGCGGCGCGGUGUGGUUCCACCGAUGCGUUGCGGUGCGCGUGGACGGGGCGCGCGACGUGGCCGUGCGGCGGUGCUGGUCGGCGGACGUGGAGCGCGCGGGCUCUGUGACCAUCCGCCGGUGCAAGGGUGCCGCGUGCGUCCGCGGCGCUGGGGAGCUGCGCGUGGGGAGGUGCAGGGAGGUCGACGUGGGGAGCUGCGCCGACGUGGCCGUGGUGCGGUGCCGCGCCGCGCGCGCGGACUGGUGCGGUGCGCUCGCGCUGGGCAGGUGCAGGUCCGCGGACGUCAGCCGCUGCGGCGCUGUGCGCAUCGAUCGGUGCCGCGACGCAAGUGUGUUGGGAUGCGCCACCGUAGCGGUGCGCCGCGGCAAGGUGAGCAUGGUCGAGGUGCAGAAGGUGCCGCAGCCGUUUUGUCAGGAGCAGCCGAUGUAUCAGCAAGCAGAGCCUGUCCUCGCGGCGCCCGUGGCCAUUGUGAGCAAGUAAAAGGGCCUACAUGCGUGCGCAUCUGCAAUACUGCCGUAUGUCUAGAUACCGUACCAGUAUGGUGCAAUUAUUUGCGUGGAGUAUAUGGACUCUGGUUUGAUACGUAUUGUUAUGUGAUCUUGUGCCAGUAAUUCCUGUAGUAUUUGGAUAAGUUUCUGAGAUGUGCAGUUGAUGUGUAUGGGUGUUUUCAUUUUUCAUAUAAAUAUGGUACAUAUGUAUGUAAAAUAUAACAAUAAUAAAAUAAGUAAUAUUUGUUUGUGGAUAA